ACUGAAAAAAGCAAAUUGUAGAAGAAGAAGAAGAAGAAGAGUGAUACUGAGAAGAUCUGUGAGAUUAUUAUAUUCGAUUUUGAUCAGUUUCUAAAAAGCUUUCAACAAUGGAUUCGUCUUCAAAUUUGAAUCCUCUUCGUGAAGAUACCUCAGAGGAACAUUUAGAACCCAUAGAAGCUCCGGCGUCUGUCUUCGCCGCUCGUCCUCUUCGUCCUCCUUCUACGAAUUCGUCGGAGAAGUAUUCGCCUGUAGAAUGGAAAAGCUAUUUUGAUAAAGAAGAUGAUAUAUCAAUCACUGGCUCUGAUGAUGUGUUUCAUGUGUAUAUGGCAGGAAAUGAAGGACCUGUUGUCUUUUGUCUCCAUGGUGGUGGCUACUCUGGGCUCUCGUUUUCUAUAGUAGCAAGUAAAAUUAAGGAGAAAGCACGUGUGGUUGCGAUGGACUUGAGAGGGCACGGUAAAUCGGUUUCGGAGAACGAAUUGGAGUUAUCGCUUGAGACAAUGAGCAAUGAUGUUUUGGCUGUCAUUAAGGAAUUGUAUGGAGACUCUCCUCCAGCUAUUGUGCUAGUUGGUCACAGCAUGGGAGGUUCGGUCGCUGUGCAAGUUGCUGCAAACAAAACAUUGCCUAGCUUGGCUGGGCUUGUCGUUGUGGAUGUUGUUGAGGGUACUGCUAUUUCCUCAUUGAUUCACAUGCAGAAAAUUCUUUCAAACAGAAUGCAACAUUUUCCCAGCAUCGAAAAAGCAAUUGAAUACAGCGUUAGAGGAGGGUCAUUAAGAAACAUUGAUUCAGCCCGUGUCUCUAUCCCCACAACUCUCAAAUAUGAUGAUUCAAAGCAUUGCUACGUUUACCGAACACGUCUAGAGGAAACAGAGCAAUAUUGGAAAGGCUGGUACGAUGGUCUCUCAGAGAAGUUUUUGUCAUCCCCAGUUCCGAAACUCUUGCUAUUAGCUGGAACUGAUAGGUUGGACAGGACCCUCACAAUUGGUCAAAUGCAAGGAAAGUUUCAGAUGAUUGUGGUCAAACACACCGGACAUGCCAUACAGGAAGAUGUACCGGAGGAGUUUGCGAAUCUAGUUCUGAAUUUCAUAUCACGUAACAGAAUUGGUCCUCAUGGUGUUGAGAUACCAGGAAUGUGGAAACCUUCACAACAGACUAAGACUUGAAGCAGCCAUCACUGGACAAUGCCAAAGUCGUCGUGUGGCUCUACUCACUUGUUUCGCUUUGUCCGUUUAUGAAUAAACAGAAUUAACAAACUCUAGCUCGUGUUAAGGAGUUGGCAAUACAAGAAGAAAACAGAGUAAAAAGAUUAAAAUCACUUUCUAUAUUUUUCCAUCUUUUAUUACGCCCGAACGCAAACCAAGAAAAUCUAGAUUUUAGUUAAUUUGGCCAUCACAUAGAAUCGGGUUAAUUUUUUUUUAUUAUUAUUAUGUCUUAUUAUAUAAGUCUGAAGCAGGAUAUUGAAAUUAAGUAAGUGA